AUGAAGAUAUCGAGACUUAUACUGGUAACAGUACUUUCGUCUGCAGUUGUUAACGCUGCUGACUAUGAGAACAAUGUGCACUUGAAGCGGUUUCUUGGAUUUGGAGAAGAUACCACGACAUCAGCAGCAGCUGCAGCAGUAGUAGCAGACUCAUCUAGUACAGUAGCUCCGACUGCUACCACCCUUUUAGCUGCUUCUAAAAGUGGUAGUGCUGAAGUGACUGGGAUUCUUGGAGGAGCAGCAGCCGAAGGACUGGCAAACUUAAUUGUCGAUGCUCCUUUAGCUGCUGCUGCUGCAGUAAGCUCAACUUCAAGCGCUGCGAUUACCACCCCUAGCACGACAUCCACUGCCAUCCCCACAACCACCACAAGCUCAAGCACUUCAAGCUCAAGCACUUCAAGCUCAAGCACUUCAAGUUCGAGCUCAAGUACUUCAAGUUCGAGCUCAAGUGCUUCAAGUACAAUCUUAACUACAUCAUCAAGCACAUCUCCAACAGGAGUAUCUAGCACCUCAUCCCCUACAAGCGCAUCUUCAACAAAAGCUUCUUCCUCCUCGUCCGUCAGUUCUGUUGCUUCAUCUUCAGACGACGACGACGACGAUGAUUGUCCAGAAACAGACGAGACUUCUGCCACUACCACUCCUGUUUUAACAACACCAAUUUUGACAACACCUGUCUUAACUACUCCUGUUGCGACAACACCUGUUAUAACUACUCCUGGUGUGAGUGCAUCUUCUGGCAGCGCUGGGCUGGGAAGUGGUUCGGCUACUGUUACUAGUGCAACAGGUUCCGCUAGUACCACGAUCGCUUCUUCGGCCGUAGUUGGAUCUUCUACUAGUGAUGAUGAUGAUGAUGAUGAUGAUUGUGAAACUGAGACAGAUGUUCCUACCACUGUCGGUACAGGUACAGGUGCAGUGAUUACCACUCCUGUAGUUACAAACUCAGCUGGUACUACUUCUGCCCCUACUAUAGUGGAAGUAGCAACAUCGUUUACCAAUGGUUCCGCUAUUGUUACUACUCCGACAGUGACAACAUCAGGGGGUACAGCUAUUUCGACUGCUUCAGAUGAUGAUGAGGAUUGCGAUUCUGAAACUGAAACGACGACUGGUGGAGAAGCUGUUACUACUGGAGGAUCUGGUGGAGGUACUGUUACUACGAAAACUAGUGGCUCAGGAUCUACUCAAACUGAUGUUUCAGAAGAUGAUGAUGAAGACUGUGAAACUGAGACCGCAACUCCAGUAGUUACUAAGAUUACAACUACUCAAGAAGGUGGUACUGUUGUGACUACUGUCAAGACAACUUAUACAGCUGUUGCAACAGGAUCCAGCGGAUCUAGCUCUGGAUCUAGCUCUGGAUCUAGCUCCGGAUCAUCCGGUGAAGAAGAAGAAGAUUGUGACGAUGAAUCGUCUUCAGGAUCCUCUUCAGGAUCCUCUUCAGGAUCCUCUUCAGGAUCUUCAUCUGGUUCAUCGUCUGGUUCAUCUUCUGGAUCGUCUUCUGGUUCAUCAUCUGGAUCGUCUUCUGGUUCAUCUAGCGGUGUUUCUUCAGGCUCAUCCUCAGGCUCAUCUUCCACUGGAGACGAUGAUACCUGUAUUCCUUGUGAAGAAGGGGAAGAUGACGACGAUGACGAAGAUGAUGACGAUGAUGAUGACGAAGAUACUUGUACUGUAUGCGAAGAAGAUGAUGAUGACGAUGACGAAGAUGAUGAUGAUGAUGAUGAAGACGACAAUUGUGUUGUCUGCGAUGCUGAAGAUGACGAUGAUGAAGAUGACGAUGAUGACGAUGAUGACGAGGACUGUGUUGUUUGCACUGCAGACACACAAAACGAUGAAACAGUUCCUAGUGUAACCACUUCAUCUGUUACUCCUGCCGCUACUGCCACUGGUACGGUUGUUCAACAAGCUAAUUCUGGAGCUAAAAGAACCAUCUCAACAGGAGUGAUCUUGUUCGCAUCUUUCAUUGCAGUAUUAUUCAUUUGA